GGCGGGCCGGGGGCGGGGCGAGUGCGGUUCCGGGAUCCGGGUCCAGCCUCGGCCCGAGGCCGCGGGGCGCAGCUAGCGGGUGCAUGUGGGGGCGUGCGGUGAGGAGGCGCUGCCCGCGGGGGCUGCGGCGCGGCCGGGAGGCGUUGCUGGCACUGCUGGCCCUGGCUGGGCUGGGCGCAGUGCUGAGGGCUCGAAGCAGAUCGGGGACGGUGGACCCGGGACCCCCGCGGACUCCUCUCCCCGGGCGUCACGAGCCGGUGCUGCCCAGGCCGCCGCUGCCCGCUGAUGCCCUGGGAGCGCAGGGGGAGGCGGUGCGGCUGCAGCUGCAGGGCGAGGAGCUGCGGUUGCAGGAGGAGAGCAUACAGCGGCACCAGAUCAACAUCUAUCUGAGCGACCGUAUCUCGCUGCACCGCCGCCUGCCCGAGCGCUGGAACCCUCUGUGCAGAGAGGUGAAGUACGAUUAUGAGAACCUGCCCAAGACUUCUGUUGUCAUAGCAUUUUAUAAUGAAGCCUGGUCCACACUCCUUCGAACAGUUUACAGUGUUCUUGAGACCUCCCCUGACAUCCUCCUGGAGGAGGUCAUUCUGGUAGAUGACUACAGCGACAGAGAGCACCUGAAGGAGCCCUUGGCCAACGAACUGUCACAGCUGCCCAAGGUGCGCCUGAUCCGUGCUGGCAAGAGAGAGGGCCUAGUGCGAGCCCGGCUCCUGGGAGCCUCGGCGGCCAGGGGCGAAGUGCUGACCUUCCUAGAUUGUCACUGUGAAUGUCAUGAAGGGUGGCUGGAGCCUCUACUGCAGAGGAUCCAUGAGAAGGAGUCGGCUGUGGUGUGCCCUGUUAUCGAUGUGAUUGACUGGAACACCUUUGAGUACCUGGGCAACUCCGGAGAGCCCCAGAUUGGAGGCUUUGACUGGCGGCUGGUAUUCACAUGGCACGUGGUCCCCCAGCGGGAGCGGAAGUUGAUGCGAUCUCCUAUUGAUGUUAUCAGGUCUCCAACUAUGGCUGGGGGUCUGUUUGCUGUGAGUAAGAGAUAUUUUGAUUAUCUGGGGUCUUAUGAUACAGGAAUGGAAGUCUGGGGAGGAGAAAACCUCGAAUUCUCCUUUAGGAUCUGGCAGUGUGGUGGCACUCUGGAAACACACCCUUGCUCCCACGUGGGCCACGUCUUCCCUAAGCAAGCUCCCUAUUCGCGCAGCAAGGCCCUGGCCAACAGUGUCCGAGCCGCAGAAGUGUGGAUGGAUGAGUUUAAAGAACUCUACUACCACCGCAACCCGCAGGCCCGCCUGGAACCCUUUGGGGACGUGACGGAGAGGAAGAAGCUUCGGGCCAAGCUCCAGUGUAAAGACUUCAAGUGGUUCCUGGAAACAGUGUACCCAGAACUGCAUGUGCCAGAGGAUAGGCCUGGCUUCUUUGGGAUGCUCCAGAACAGAAGACUAAGAGGAUACUGCCUUGACUAUAAUCCUCCCAAUGAAAACCAUGUCGAAGGCCACCAGGUCCUUCUGUACCUCUGCCACGGGAUGGGUCAGAACCAGUUUUUCGAGUAUACAUCCCGGAAAGAAAUACGAUAUAACACCCGCCAGCCCGAGGCCUGCAUAGCUGUGGAGGAAGGGAAGGAUAUCCUUGUCAUGGAUCUCUGCAGAGAUACCGUCCCAGAGAAUCAGGAGUUCAUCCUACAGGAGGAUGGCACUUUAGUUCACAAGCAGAGCAGGAAGUGUGUGGAGGCCACCAAGAAGGAGUUCGACUACAGCUUUGCACCAUACUUGCGGGACUGUACCAACUCAGAUAACCAGAGAUGGUUCUUCAAGGAGCGUAUGUCAUAGUGCCUCACCUCGCCUCGCCAGGGAAGGAGCCCACCACGGCUGUGCACCAUGUGCCCAAUGAGAUGGAUGACGGGCAUGGUUGUCAUUUGUGAAUGUGCUGGAUUUCACAAGAAUGUGAAUAAGCUUUGUACAGAUUUUGAAAACUUUAAAAAGGUUUCCCGGUAUCCUAUUUUCUGAGGGCAAUUCUGAGAUGUUGCCUUUGGUAUCUGGAAAACUUAAUGAGGAUAUUUUUCUAUCAGGAUGUGCAUUUUACAAUGGUGCCUUUUAUUCUCAUGAGCAAAAAAGGAAAAUAUUUUAUUUUGGUAUUUACAACGCUUCCUGAGUGUUUGUAGUGUACUUUACACAAACUGUAAUACCUCAAAUGUUGAGUUAGAGUUCUCUCAGGGGUGAGAUGGACACUAGAAAUACUGUUUUGAUUUCAGUAGUUGUAAAUGGGGUGAGAUAGUUUAGAUUUAUACAAUAAAGAAUGCUUUUUGCUUA